AUGGCCAAGGCCGAAGUCGACGCCAGGGCCACGGGCGACGAGGGCGGCGGCAGCGUCGCGGAAGACGGGCAGCCGGCGGCGGCGAAGGGGGGCGCGACCAUAUCCGUGACAGUCGUCCUGCUCGCGCUGCUGGUGGCAUCCGUCGCGGCGUUCCUGACGUCGUCGUUGGCGCGCGCCGGCGACGGCGAUGGAGUUGGCAAGGGGGUGCAGGAGCGAGCUGCCGGCAGGGCGGGGGAGGCAGCAGGGAAGCGCGCCGAGCCCGUCGAGCAUGCGGUCGGCGACGUCGUCGGCAUCCCGGGGUUCAACAGCCAGGCUGGACGCGUUCCGCACCUGGGCGGCGCUGACGUGGACGAACCUCCGGCGGCCGCGCUCCGACGAGCCACGCCUAAUCAGUAUUUAUCAGCUAAGGAUACGUACGACGAUGCCGCCACCGGGAGCGCCGGCUCUGUGGCGGACGCCGCGAAGAGGAGCUUCGAGAUGGGCAAGGAGACGGUGGAGCAGGCGGUGGCGUCCACUGCAAGGGCCACGCGGGACGCCGCUGAGACGGCCAAGGAAAAGGUGAAGGGAGCAGCCUCGCCGUCCGACGGCGCUGAGCUCUGA